AUGCGGUACUAUCGACCAAAGUUUCCUGAACCUGAUGAAUUAGUCAUGGUACAAGUUAAACAAAUUCAAGAUAUGGGAGCAUAUGUGAAACUAUUAGAGUAUGAUAAUAUAGAAGGCAUGAUUCUUUUAUCUGAACUUUCUAGACGUCGGAUUAGAUCGAUUCAAAAAUUAAUUAGAGUUGGAAGGAAUGAAGUAGUGGUAGUGAUGAGAGUAGAUAAAGAAAAGGGGUAUAUCGAUUUAUCAAAACGUCGAGUAUCAGCUGAAGAUGUAGUAAAAUGUGAAGAACGAUACAAUAAGUCAAAGACUGUGUCAUCAAUUGUUCGACAUGUAGCCGAAAAGACAGAAUUGGACGUAGAAGCUGUCAAUGAGAUGGUAGCCUGGCCCCUCUUCGAAAAAUACGGACAUGCCUUUGAUGCCUUCAAACUGAGUAUCACAGAGCCUGAAACCGUUUUCGGAGAACUGAACAUACCCGAACACAUCAUGACUCAUCUGACCUCUAACAUAGCCCGAAGACUAACCCCUCAACCCGUCAAAGUUCGUGCAGAUUUAGAGGCCACUUGUUUUGCAUAUUCAGGUAUAGAUGCGAUCAGGAAUGCAUUGAAGUUAGGAGAAUCAAUGGGAACUGAAACGGUACCGAUCAAGAUCAGAUUAGUUGCACCACCGCUUUAUGUGAUGGUGAGUAAUGCGACUGAUAAACAAGGUGCGAUCGAAUUACUUGAAUCAGCUAUUGUUAGUAUUGGUGAAAGUUUAAAGGAAAAUGGUGGUGAAUUAGUGGUGAAGAUGAAACCAAAAGCAGUUUCAGAAACAGAUGACUUGGAACUUGCAGCUCUGAUGGAAAGAGUAGCUAGAGAAAAUAAAGAAGUUUCGGGUGAUGAAGAUAGUGAUGCAGAUUGA